CUGGGCUGGGGAAGGAGGGCCACCCUCCAGAACAAGCCCAGAGAAGGGGGCACUUUAAGAGGUGUCUGAGAGAGGAGAGCAAAGAAGAGACAGUCCAGGUCACAUAUCCGCAGGGCAUGGCACAAGCGGAAGGGGUUCCCUCUCCUGGGGCUGCCCCGGACCAGCCCUGCGUGUUCAAGCUGGCCCUCUUGGGAAGUGGCUCCAUGGGCAAGUCCAGCUUGGCUCUCCGGUGCGUUCUUCACGACGGUGGUGGACUUGGGGCCGUGUUUCUGAGGUUUGAGAUCUGGGACACGGCUGGCCAGGAGAAGUACCACAGCAUCUGCCACUUUAGGGCUGCCAACGCUGCGCUUCUGGUGUAUGACGUCACCAGGAAGGAUUCCUUCUGCAAGGCUCAGCAGAGGCUGAAGGACCUGGAGAGGGAGUCCCCCCCAGGGGAGGUGGUGGUGAUGCUGGUCGGGAACAAGACGGACCUUGGCGAGCAGUGGGAAGUGACGUUCCAGGCAAAUGCAGAUUUCACAAGGCUUCUCUCGUCAUGAUCGUCAAGAAAAGCUAAAGGAUAAGUACAGAGAUAAAAGCGUCUGAGAGAGCCUGCUACCCAGAUUUCCACUCACGCUAUUAUGUUUCUUAAACAAUUUCACCGGUUUCUGACUGUAGUCAAGUUGCACGGUGUUUCAUAUGAUUAUUCCCACGUAGAUGAAGUACGUGGAGGUGAGUCCCUGGGGUGCCAGGCUGUGUCUUGCGCUUUCCCCGCGACCUCCCCGCUGCAGCAGGGCUGGGGACCCCCUCUGUGCGCACCUGGUGGGACCAACCUUGGACACUGGUGUGUCCCUGGCCACUAGAUGGCGCUCCAGCAUCGCUCAGGGCAAACCCUGCUGCUCAAGGGGCCCCGCAUUCUCUCUGCUAAAUGCCAGGCUUUCGGAGAAAUUUCCGACGAGUUGAUUGAUGCCACAGCAAGUAGGGAAAUAAGGAUCAUGUGUGUAGGAUGCCCAAAUAUCUAUGCCUAUUUCCCUCCCGUUUUGUCAAGUCAGUAUCACUGUGCUAGAAUUUAUUAUUAAAACAUAUCCUUGGACGGAUUUCCACCAGGCAUCCUUCCACUGUGCCUCUAGACUGGAUGGGGUGCGUUGUGCUUCUGGAGCUCAGGUUCCCCAUCUCCCGGGAUGUGAUUGCUCCUCAUCCUCUCCUCUGCCCCACCAGGCAAGUGGCUCAACCCUGCUUCGGAAUCACCUGGAAGCCUCCGCCUGCAGCGCCCCUUGCCCACCACAGGCUGUCGUUCCAUCCGUCUACAGUGCAGCUUGGGCCCUGGGCUCUGGGCGUUUUGAGCCCUCCCCGGUGAACCUAAUAUUCUGGCAAGGUGGGGAAUGUCCCCGAGGGCAGAGGUUCUGUUCUUCCUUCUGUGGGGUGCUCGGCACCUGGCAACAUCUGACACAAGCCAGGUGCUCAACAAAUGUGUGUCCAACAAGAGGAUAGAAAUUGGUCCUUCCCCUGAGGUCUAAAGGAAAGGCAGUCUCCAAAACCAGCCUUCACCACAACUGACAGGUGUUUAUGGAAGGUUUUCUGUGCCAUGCUUUGCCCACCUCAGCUCCAUCCCGAAACCUGUGAUGGGGGGGGGGCAGUGGGUGUGGAGCAUGCAAAGCGAUGUGUUCCCCACGAAGACUCCUGGGAAUACCACUUCCAGGUCUGCACUGGCCUCAGGUCCCGAGGAAGGCCAGCCUGGGAGCCCCCUGUCCCGCCUGCCGCCUGGGAAGCUGCUCCAGCCCUGCCCAGCCUGAGUUUGGACCUGGCUCCUCUCUGGAGCUGGGUGUGUGUGUGUGUGCACGUGUGUAGGUGGUGGGGGCAGGAGGCUCCGAGGGUUCAGAAGUGGCCCCUCGGAGGAACCCUGCUGACCUGCCUGCGACCGUACCCCUUCCUUGUCUUGUUUCUGUGGGAGGGGUCUCCUCCAACCACCCUGGAGGAGUCCCCUUCGCACAGUCAGAAAGAAAACCACAAGGCCCAAGAAGUCACUGGAGUUAAGGCAUCAGUAAAGCCAGAUUUAAUACUUAACCCAACUGCAGUUUCAAGCCCCUCUGGAAUGUAACCUUUAACCUGCCACACUGGAAUUUCCUGGAGGCACUCUUCCGAAAGACCCCUUCCCCUUUACAAGGGCGACCUUGCCUAAACAACAUUAAUGAAUUCCUUAAAAAAAGGGAGCCUUCUCUCUACAUUUAGAAAGCUUUCCUUUUCUGCACCUUGGCAGAGCAUCUCUCUACUGGCUAGACUGGAUGCUGCCCCAUUCAUGAGUCACUUAAUAAAGCCAAUUAGAUCUUCAAAUGUUUGAAUUUUGUUUUUUAACAGCCCAGAGGGCCCAACUCAGGGAUCCAUUCUUCUUCUUUUAAAAUUUAUUCCUGGGGCUCUUGGGUGGCUCAGUCCAUUGAG